AAUGGAUUGACUUUGUGGUUUGUAAUCAGUCUUUUUUAAUUGAAACUUUAAGUAUAAAAGAAAGAAUAGUUUACAGACUCAGCACAGUUCAUAUUCACCUCCUAACGUAAGUACAGAAGAUCCGUAUCAAAAUGUAUUUCACUUUCGCCGUCAUUUUGCUGACUGCCUUCAGUUCUGCCUAUAGUUCUGGCAAAGGUUCAUAUGGAUAUGGAGGCGGAUAUGGCUCUGGGUAUGGAUCCGGAGUUGGCUCUGCAAUUCUUGUAGGAGGUGUUGGAAGUGGAUAUGGUGGAUAUGGAAUCGGAUCCGGUCUAGGUUCUUUAGCUGUUCUAGGAGGUGGAUCCGGUGCUGGAUAUGGACUAGUAGGUAAAGGCGGAUACGGUCCAGGACCACUUCUUGUUGGUGCUGGAUACGGCUCUGGAUACGGUCUUGGUUCUGGACUCAUUCUAGGAGGUGGUGUUAGUGGAUAUGGUGGAUAUGGAAUCGGAUCCGGUGUAGGUACUUUAGCUGUUGUAGGAAGCGGAUCCGGUGUUGGAUAUGGACCAGUAGGUAAAGGAGGAUACGGUCCAGGACCACUUCUUGCUAGUGGUGGAUAUGGCCUUGGGUAUGGAUCUGGGUUUGGAUCUGGAGUUGGGUCUGCAGUCCUUGUUGGAAGUGGAUAUGGACCAGUUUCUGGAGGUUAUGGCUCUGGAAUCGGUUUGGGUUCAGUUGUUGUAGGAAGCGGAUCUGGAGCUGGAUAUGGACCAGUCAAAGGAGGAAUUGGGUAUGGUACAGGACCAGUUGUUGUUAGCGGUGGUUACGGCGGUGGUUAUGGAGCUGGAUACGGACCAGUUUCAGUCGGAGCAGUCCCAGUUUCAGUUGGAUCUGUCGGUGUUGGUGGUUACGGUUAUGGAAAAGGAUCACCAUACUAAGGUGAAGUGAAUAUUAACAAAGUCCCCGAAGAUGAUGAAUCCAUAGCAUUAUUAAAUUCAGACUACGGUCCGUGAUUUUUGUAAACUACCCUCAUACACUAGUCAAGGCUGUGUCACAUAUACAUAAUUAUACAGAUAAAGUUCAUUAAUAAAGAUUU